GGCGGUUGCUGCAUGGCAAUGUUGCUUCUCGUGUCAGAGCCAGCCCCAUCCUGCCAAGGAAGUCACGCAGCAGGAGCAUGGGCUGUGCCCGAGAGUCUGCUUCUGGUUGUCCAACAGCCUUGAGCGCGUGGAUCUAAACACCGGCAGGACAAGGCUGUGGAAGCACCAACGGCAGCUGGAAAAUACCUGCGGGUGUUUUAGGCCCCAUCCGGCAGGAGGGUCAGGCAUGGGAAAGAGGUGAGCGCUUGCGUAGCCGGUGGCACCUCAGCCCUGGCUAUGGCAGCGGCUGGAGGAAGCAGCUGUGGGACAAGGAAACAUUUUGGUGUGAGCUGGUGGGUCACCGUGAGCGUGGCUGUUCUCCUCCUGGGGCUGCUGGAGGCAGAAGGCCAGUGUUUCCUCAAUCGCACCAAGGAGCACUGUGUGUGCUACAACCUCUCCCAGGAAAGCAUGAGGAGCAUCAUCCAGUGCCUCCCAGCCUGUGUCGUGGAGUUCCAGGGAGGAGACCUAGAGAGAUAUAUCCUCCUCCCCAUCAGUGACCCAGACCCCUCCAUCAUUGAGAUGCUGAACUCCCUUCUUGUCAGGAAAAUAAUUUUUGGUGAUCUCUUGGUGCCUGAGAUUCUCCUUGCCCGGGUCUUGAGGUUCUUGUCCUACACCAAGGUGGAGGAGUUGGUAAUUGAGAACUGCAUUUUCGAGGGGAGAGGCAACUGGGAUGAAAUGAUUGGCCAGCACUUGCCCGUGUUGUCCCUGAGCUUCCACAACGUAACCUCGGUGCCACUGAUGGGUCGCCAGCGGGACUUGUCUCACCUGAGCGUCUGGCUGGGGACCCUGCAGGACCUGGCCAUCACUGGCUCCCACGUCACCAGCCUGCCCUGUGCUGUCGGGAGGGUGUUCAGGGCUCUGCGGUCCCUAGACAUGGCACAAAACAGCCUUGAGGAUGAGAGCUUGAUGCCUGCCUUCUGCGAGGGAGCUUUCCCUCGGCUCAGGCUGCUGAGUCUGCGUCGCAACAACCUGACGUCCUACCACAACGUCUGCAAAAGCCUGCGGCUGCUGCCGGAGCUCCAGCACCUGGAUCUCAGCCAGAACAAGCUCCUGGCAGACCCAUCCUCCUCCUGCCAGUGGCCAGCGUCCCUCCAGAUUUUUAACUUGUCCGACACCAGCUUGGUAGAAGUCCUCACACCUCUGCCUCCCAGUCUAGAAGUGCUGGACAUGAGCUGCAACCACCUCCACACUGUAGACAUCUCCCUCAGCUCCCUGAGGAGGCUCUUCCUGAGCCAGAACGCACUGCGGGCUGCCCCCUCCAUCCAGAAUUACCCGAUGUUGGACACUCUCCAUCUAGACAACAACUCGAUUACAGAGCUGCUGUGGGAUGAGGUGAAGCUCCUGGAGCGCCUGCGGGAUGUGACUGUGGCCAGCAACCCCUUCAACUGCUCGUGCUCAGGGGCCGGGGCACUGCAGGCGCUGGCGGCCAGGGGGCACCUGGGGCAGGGCUGGCCCCAAGUCUACACGUGUGUAUCCCCGCCGCGCUACCAGGGUUGGACGGUGCAGGAGGUGCCAGUCUUGGCUCUGCGCUGUAACCGUGCUGCUGUCAUUGCCCCCCUCUGCAUUGCCCUUCUCCUGCUCGGAGUGGCUGGGGUCCUCUGCUUGGUCAGAUCUAGGCCUGGGCUCGUGCGGCACUGCCACAGGGCAUGAAGGCAAUGUGUGACCACUCCCACCAGUGCUUCCCACUGGGGCUCUGUGGGCAGAUUCACGGGACCCCCAAGUGCUGGUGAGGGGCUCUUGGGGUGGCUUUGCCCAUCCAAGUUUUGGGGAAACCCCUGAGCAAAGCCCCUCACUAUGCUCUCUCCCUAUGCCCAAUGUCACCCGUUGCCCCUGUGGUAUCAUCUGACCCCAACAAAAGAAGUUCAGCUCCAUCCUAUUUACACUGGCACUCGGAUGCCCCAACCCUCACUGCGAUCUGGUGGCACAGACCCCUGACCUCAUAUCCCUGUGCUCCCAGCGCAACCAUCCCAGCAGUCAGCACAUAUUCUCCACCGCUUCUCACCUGGGGCUGCGGGUUGGCCAUGGCUGGGAGGAUUUUGUUUUGUGUCUGCUGCCAUUUGGCACCAGAGAAAAACCACAACAGACAGAAACAUGAACAAAUUAAGCCCCCCAUACCCACCUGCUAACGAGCAGGAGGGAACAGAUGGCAAUCCGGGCCCCACCACUCAGGAUGCUGGUGGAUGAACCCUUAAAGUGAGACCUGAAGAGGUGCAACCAGGAACUUUUUGACUGAUAGGAAGAAAAAAGGGUUGUUCUGGGGUAUUCAGGAAAUGUCUCGUAGGAAAGAGAAAAUUGAUUCUGGGAUGAUGAGAGAUGGGGGAUAUUCAAAGCUUGCUGGGGAAUGCUGAUGGGAAAGGUCAAAGGGAGGGUGGGGAGGAACAGGUGUGGGGAAAUGGGGAUGGAGAAGGGGGAGCUGGUUGUAAGCUGGCAGCACUUGUCUGGCCAAGCCCUGCACUUUGUCUCCAUGGUUCCCACUGCCUUCCUGUUCAAAUCUAUUCCUGGGUGUUUUCUGUGACACUGACUUUGUUUUGUUUGUGCUUGUGUGCGUGGGACCUGUGAGCCAAGGCAGGCUGGACUGGACAGAUGAAUGGAAACCAGAGCAUGGUGGAGCUGGUGAGCACCUAAACAGGGCCCAGGGUCUGGCUGAGGAACUGUGAUGGGCUGGGAGUCUGUUGGAGGGGUCAAGGGUGCGGUUUGGUAUUGUGCCACCAGCCCACAUCAGCCUGGGCAGCUGGAGGGUGAGAUGGGGCUGUGCUGCCCCAUGUGUUGGCAGAUGUGUGAGCACCAGGUGUCUGUGUUUGCAUCUCAGGGAUCAGCCCUGCACCUCGCUACAGGCAUGACCUGGGAACAGAAUCAUAGAAUGGUUUCAGUUGGAAGGGACCUUAAAGAUCAUCUAAUUCCAACCCCCCCACCAUGGGCAGGGACACGUCCCACUGGGUCAUGUUGCUCAAAGCCCCGUCCAACCUGGCCUUGAACACCUCCAGGGAUGGUGCAUCCACCACUGCUCUGGGCAGCUGCUGUCUAGUGGAUGAGGAUGGAGAAAUCCCUGUGUCCCCGAACCCUGGUAUUUGCUUUCCCUUAGCAAAACCCACAUCAGGCAUGAUCUCCCCCCUUGCUCUGCUCCUGUUGGAGCCCUGGGUGCAGGUAGUUCUGUUUGCAAUGACAGUUUCUGGCUAGCAUGGCCUAUCCCUUCUGCGUGGAGAUAUUUGGGCAGUCAGGAGCUCAGGGAUGAAAGGCCAGCACUGUAACCUCAUUCCACAGGGAAAUGGUGGCAGACAGAGGGACAUGGGUUCAUCUCCUUGUUGUGCCUAGUCCUAUCCAAACACAUGGGGCAGGGUCUGACCUGGGACCUCUCUCCUGUCUCCUGAUCUGCAUUUGCCCAUGGAUCCUCAGCUUCAGCAUUUCCUUUUGUGCUUUCUUGGGAUGACUC